ACAACAGAAGAAUGUAAAGGUCAUUUCAUGAAGUAAAAAGUCACUUGGGGCUGUGAAGAGUAGAGGGGAGCGACCGGAAAACAUAGCAGACGUAAACAGCAAACAGAAACCAGGACAGAAUAAUUGGAAAGAAGAGAAGAAACUUAAAACAAAGUCUAAAGUGGAAUACUUUUUUCUCUCUCAAGAUUCAAGAUUCUUUAUUUGUCACGUGCAUGGUUAUACAGGCAGUGAAAUGUGACCUGAUACGCUCCUCGACUGUGCAAAGAAAAAAAAGAGAGACAGACAGAACUUUAUAUACAGUGAAUAAGUAUAUACAAGGAGGACAUUAUAUGCGGCAAGUGGGUGAGUUAUGUACAUUAUAUAAAUAGAAAUAAAAUAAGAUAAAAUAAUCUGGAAAUUUACAGCUUGUGUACAUUGCGAGAGGAGGGUGUUAAAGUGUCUUGUGCUAUAGCGAGGCCAGAAGGAUUCAGGAUGAUGAGAAUGAGCUAAUGAGUCCUGUCUCAGUCACUUAAGGAUGAUGGGGGUGAUUCAACACACGAAUGUCCUGAGGAUAAAAACUCCUCUUGAGCCUCUCUGUUCUUGUUCGGAUGGUGCGAAACCUUCUGCCUGAUUUCAGAAGCUGGAACAGUUCGUUGCUGCUCACUCUCUUCUACUCUUCUACUUCCACACAUAAAUGUCCCCAUACGACGAAAAAUGUUUGCAUUAAAACUUUUACUUCAUUUUGUGAGCUAACUAUAUUUAAGUAAUUUGUACCUUUUUAACACGGAAGUUUGUUUCUCGUCAGUCAAACAAACUGUGGCAGGAUUUUCCCUCAGGUGUGAGGAUACAUCACGGAUGGUUAGGCAGCUGGCUGUCCUCCUUCUCCUUUCCUUUCAGGGCUCCAAUCAAUAAUUUACCUUGCUCAGCCGUAUCGAUGUCAGCUACUCCCUUACCUCUUCUCUUACCCUUGCUCACUUGCUUUUUCCAGAAAAACUGCUGAUGACAUAAGGGUAAAAGAGCUCAUUAACGAAUGACUGAAAAAAAGGAGAAGGAACUGUCAGAUAGGUGUUAUUGGUCUUUGGGAAAACAGCAGAAGCAGUGGGAGGAUAUGUGAAGGUGACUUUCUCCGCCUUAAGACGCUGAUAUACACGGGACAGUAAACUUCUGGGAAUACAGACUUUUUACAGAAGUUUAGUUUUUUUCUGACCAGCUUUUUCUCAUUUUAUCGUUAAACCUGAAAUCGAUCAAUAUGUCUGGAGUCAGUAGUGAUCAGCUGCACAAAUCAACUUUAUCUGUCUAUUCGAACUUGAUGGAGCACUUCAACCCAGGCCUUCAGAAGCUCGUUGCUCUUGGAAACAGCUACAUCAAGGCCUUUCAAGCCUUAGGCGUUUGCAGUGAGGCCUAUUUCAGCGCUGUGGCUAAGAUGGGCGACCAGGCACUUCACACACUUUCAUCUCGCUCCCUUGGGGAUGUCCUGAUCCAGAUUUCAGAAACACAGAGGAGGCUCACUGCAGAGAUGGAGGGAGUGUUUCGAUGGUUCCAGAUAGAAGUGUUGCAAGCAAUGGAGAAGAAUAUCAAGUUGGACGAGGAGUAUAUUGAUGGCAGUCGCAGAGUGUACGAGCUGGAAGUAAGAAACCAAGCGGAGGCUUUGGAGAAGCAGCUCAGACGGGGAACCUACAGAGACUCUCUGGAGAACAGUGAAUACAUGCUGUACCUGCGGCAGAGCCAUCAGGAGAUCUUAAAGGAGGAGGAGAGGAGGUAUCGCUUCUUGGCAGAGAAACACUGUGGCCUCACUCAGUCACUGCUGUUCCUAAUUAACAAGACUGGUGCAUCUCUCCAGCAGAAGGCAGACGGAUGGAAGGAGAAAGUGAAUGACACCAGAGUCUCCAGAUCUCGAACACCCACCCAUUCAGACCAAGAGGCACAGCUGCGAGGUUCAGUGAGCUCCCUGCUGCAGACGGUAGCCAGAGAUGAGGAUAUGUCCUGGGCCAGGCGGGAGCAGCAGGCACUGGGCAGAGUCCCUUCUAGAGCACCGUCUCCCCUCCCCAGCCGCUCUCGCUCCAGUUCAGUGGGGGAAUCUUUAGGCCUGGGAGGAGGGAGAGUCAUGAGAGCGCUGGUUUCUCAUCCCUCCUCAUCCAACCCAAAGCUCCUGCCUUUCAACAGGGGGGAGACUGUCAUCGUCCUGGUCCAGGAGCCACGCAACGGGUGGCUGUAUGGGCGCACUGACAGCAGCCUGCGUCAGGGCUGGUUCCCUGCUGCGUACGUGGCCCCUAUUGAGGAUUUCUCCAAUAAUUUAGCAACAAGUUCUCUAAGAAGUCACAGUAUGAACAAUCUGAAUGACAGUGACACCUACGCCGACCAGUCAGAGAGCAAGAGUUACGGAGACGUCCCACCCCCGGCCACACCCAAUCGUAGAGCCUCUGUGGACUUCAGGCCUAUCUCUCCACUCCCUGAGAAGAAGGGAGAAGAGGCGUUGGAGACGAAGCCGAGUCAAACAAGGAGCUACAAUGAACAUCCACUUCCUCCCCCACCGCCUCCCCCUCCACCAAUUCAGAGUGCAAGGAGGAGUUCAGGAGAUUUUCGACCCAUUUCUCCCCUACCUGACAGAAAGGGUAGAUCAGCAUCUGACGUCCAGGCAUUAUCACCACAUGGACCCCCUGAAAACCCACUGUUUCCCAGAGGCACAAACCCAUUCGCCACGGUAAAGCUUCGUCCCACGACGACCAAUGACAGAUCUGCUCCUCAGAUCCAUUAAUCCAUCGGCACUCGUGCAUGCAGGGUUUGUUACUGAUGCUGUGAGAUCAGGUUGUGGAGGCAGGACAUACAUUUUUGUUAGUGAAUGACGUGACAUGUCUGAAAUGUGAAUGCUCUGAGUGAAAUGGCCAGAAGGUUUGUACCGUUUUAAGAUAACGUAUCUCCCAUACCAAAGAAGAUACUGUAAUACACAUCGAUUAAUCAAAUAUUAAAACCAUUGAGUUGAUCAUAGCAUUAAUUCAGACAGGCCACAAAGACAAGCUGAGCUGAGCAGUCUCAGCCCACAUUAGCUCAUCGACAUCCCUUUCAUAAUUUUAUAUAAGGAACACUGAUUAAACUUUGAGUGACUAAUUUUUAGUUGUAAAAACUUCCUACUAUGAACUUAUCAAUCCACAGUUAUGGUAAAUUGUAAGGUUUUAUAUAUCAGGACAGAGUAAAACUAAUCUGGACCUUUCUAGGUUUUAAAACUAGCUAAAUACAGCCCAGUUGAACUACAAAACAUGACAUAUUACUCUGUGUCAUAAUUUCUUUAACAAAAAUUAAGCAAAGCUACAGAAAAAUGUGAAAAACUAAGCACACAGGUACUUUAAUUAAGAGCGUAUGUAGCAGCUAGUCGCUGCUGGUCAGAUUGACUUGAUUAACUAAUCAUCAGCUGGUGUUACCACCACUAUAUAGCAGAACACAAUGCUACAAACCUCUUAGGAGGGGAUGCCCCAGGAAAUUCACCCCAAAGUCAGACUUUGCAGAGCUCACACAAUUACCAAAAAGCACAGAGCUACAUCUACAAGCCUCAGUUAGCAUGCUAAAUUGUAAAGUUCUUGACAGUACAAUUAGAAAAAGACUGGACAGAUAUGGCUUAUAUAGAAUGGUUGCCAGAAGAAAGCCUCUUCUCUCUAAAAAUAAAAUAUUGCAGCAGAGCUUAGAUAUGCAAAGUUACAUCUGCACAAGACUCAAGACUUUGGGAACAACGAGUGGAGGUGGUUGACCAUAAUGCACAGCAGUAGGUUUGGAGAAAACCAAACAGCAUAUUGACACAAAACCCUCCUACCAACGGCACAGUGGUGACGGAGUGAUGCUUUGGGCUUGUUUUGCAGCCACAGGACCUGGAAACCUUACAGUCAACCUUGAACUCCUCAGUCAAAGCACAGACCUCAACCUGAAAUUCUGCGAUCGGACCUUCAGAGAACUAUGCAUAAAUUAAAGCUCACAAAUCUCAAUAAACUCAGGCAGCGUUACAAAGAAGAGUGGAUCAAAGUUCCUCCACAACAAUGUUGGCUGAUAAUGUCACACAAUUGCUUCACGCUGCUAAAGGUGGUUCUAUGGAAUCAUGUGAUGUGCUUUGUUUUCAGACACUGCUUCAGUAUUUUGGUUUAGUUUUUGUUACAUAAAUAAUAGAAAGGUGUAAUAUGUCAUGUUUUGUUACACAUGACGAACUGUACUUAUUUUAUGUUAAAACCUACAAAGGACCAGAAGAGUUUUGCUGCAGGCUUGCAAGCCACUUUGCAACCCGCCUCCACCCCAUGGCCUUCUUUCUGUCUGUAUCUCUUGUUAUUAAUGUUCACUCUGUUCUGUACCAGGAUCCUGUUGCUCCAUAGUGAUGUGACGCCAAACAUAAAUUGCUACAAUGUCCAAAUCAGCCAUCCUCCCUGACUGAACUAAACUAAAAUGGUUAUUUUAACAAACCUUUGUACAGCAAUUUGAGUUUGUAUGUUAAUAUUUGUUUGAGUCUGUUGGUAAAAAUAUUCAGAGAAUAUUUAAACAUUUUUGGAAGUAUGCUUGUUGCCAGAAAUUUGAAGAAAACACUGAUGCUGCGCUGUUUUCUACAGCAUCUUAUUCAUGUGUCAGCACCACGUCUUCAGUCUCUUUACUAUGAAACCUGGCUGUUGGCAAAAUAUUUAUAUGUGUGUGUGAGCAAGCAACCUGAGAAAGAAGGCAUGUUUCCCAAAAUGUUAAGCUUAAGCUCUCCACCAUCCCAGUGAUUG